UCUGCGAAAAUUCGCGCUCAGUAACGUUCGGUUGGUGGCUUAGGAAACGCAUCUUUGCGAUCGAGGUGAAGCAGGAAUUUCCUCCUGCUCUUUGUGCGAUUUUUGUGUCACUGAGUGUGUUGAACUCUCGCAUUUCGCGCUUAGACAACCGUUCGCACGGUUUGUGUUAUAACUAGUUAAACUAACCCUGCACCAGAAACUAUAACAAGAUGAGCCGUCGUAUCGGACUCCGCAGCCGCGUGUAUGCCUCCAAUUUGGGGAUGGUUGAGAACAACUACAAAGAGGCCAUGGCCCGUCUCGAGAAAAGCCGCAGACCCGCGUCGGCCGAUCGCGAGACCUCGACACGCACCUCCCCGCUCCGUACCAAGGCGAUGCUCGAUUUCAACGGCGACGAAAUCGACGAGGGCCUGCAGUUUGCCCGUUCCCGUGCCGCCAAGGUUAUCCACGAGAAAUCCGUCAUCGACUCACGCUCGGAGCAGCUCCGUAGCCACAGUCUCGCGCCGGCCGUUAGCUCUGCCCUGCUGGAGAAUGAGUUCGACGACCAGGUUCAGGCUACUCUGAAUCGCAUCCGAGCCAGCAAGAAUUUGCUGAGUCAGCUCCAGUCCGAAGAUGUUUUGGAUCAGGUCCGCAGCGAAACCCGCUCCAAGCUGAGUGAGCAGACCAGCAAAAAGUUGGCCGAAAAGAUGGCAGUUCUUGAUGAUACCGAUGAUUUAGGCUUGUCCAACGAGAAGCUGUCCGUGAGGAAAUCUUUGAAGAUUAAAUCGGUUACUGACAGCCGAAAGCAGGAUUCCGCCCUCAAGUGGAAGGAUGAGACGGCCGAAUCGUUCGCCGCCAAGCGUGCCAGCGCGACCAGGGCGCGUCUGCUGGAUUUGGACCAGGAAAUGCAGGACAUGGAAGAGAGACAAGCUGCCCGAGCCCGUCGCUCGGCCCAUCUGAAGAAGGUGCUCGCGGAAACUAGCUGCGAUGAGCUGAUCCCGGCCACCACCACCGAUCACUGUGGCACCAAGGUCACCACCGGUAUGGUUAAGUUCAGAACCCAAAAGAAGGUGGUCAGCUUCUAAAUUUUUCGUUUCACCGUCCUAGUUGUAAACAAUCCUUGUUUUAGUUCACACUUCCGUAAUCACUUGUGUAAUGUAUAAAUUUUUGAUGAAAUUGAAAUAAAAUAUAGUUUGUAAGUUGUUCGUAAA